CUUCGUCCGUAGCUUCUGGUCUUGGAUUGAAACUGAAAAGGAAAGGUUUUAUCUGUUACGAUCGAUGUAAAUCUAAAGAUUCUGGAAAAAUUACAGUGCAUUGAGUAUUUACAGCUUGGAAUUUCGGGAGGUUCUCGACAGGUUUGGACCGGUAGUGAGACCAAGUUUAUUAAGAGUUAACCUUGUCGAAUCAUUUCUACAAAGGAGAUCUGUAACUGUUUCAAUUGAGAAACUUCUUAGUUGUGGCAGUGUUCUUGGAAGUGUGGCCUGUGGAGGUUCGGAGACUGGAGAUUGAGGAUUCGUCGUCGUCUUAAUAAGGAAGAGGAAAUCCAGUUAUCUUUUGCAGCUUUGAGAAUAGAAUUGGAGAUUCUAAAGAUUUCGAUCGGUUUCCAGUAUAGAGCUGGAAAAUUUCACCAUUGUCAUUCUGUAGCGGUUAGGAGCAAUAAACUGCAGGAAAGAUGAGGGGUGCUGUGCUUGUAGCCAUAGCUGCUACGAUGGGGAAUAUGUUACAGGGAUGGGAUAAUGCAACAAUUGCUGGGGCUAUUCUUUACAUAAAGGAAGAAUUUGAUUUGGAAAGUGACACAACAUUGGAAGGGCUUAUUGUGGCUAUGUCACUAAUUGGUGCUGUAGUUAUUACAACAUUCUCUGGAGUCGUCUCAGAUAUGUUUGGUCGGCGUCCAAUGCUGAUAAUGUCAUCAGUUCUCUAUUUUGUUAGUGGUCUGGUAAUGUUAUGGUCUCCAAAUGUUUAUAUCCUUCUCUUGGCAAGACUUUUGGAUGGAUUUGGAAUUGGUCUGGCGGUCACUCUUGUUCCUAUCUAUAUAUCUGAGACAGCCCCGCCUGAAAUAAGGGGAUUAUUAAACACGCUUCCACAGUUCACUGGUUCUGGUGGAAUGUUUCUGUCAUAUUGUAUGGUUUUUGGGAUGUCACUGAUGGACUCACCAAGCUGGAGGUUGAUGCUUGGGGUUCUUUCUAUUCCUUCUCUUGCUUAUUUUGCUUUGACAGUAUUUUUUUUGCCUGAAUCUCCACGUUGGCUUGUGAGUAAAGGGCGGAUGGUUGAAGCUAAACGCGUAUUGCAGAGGUUACGUGGGUGGGAAGAUGUCUCAGGUGAAAUGGCUUUGCUGGUUGAAGGCCUUGGAGUUGGAGGUGAAACUUCAAUAGAAGAGUAUAUAAUAGGCCCAGCCGAGGAUCUAACUGAUGAACAUGACCCAACAGCUCAGAAGGACCAGAUCAAGUUAUAUGGGCCGGAAGAAGGCCUUUCUUGGGUUGCCAGACCCGUCACUGGGCAGACUCGGCAGAGUACUCUUGGUCUUGUGUCCCGCCAUGGGAGCAUGGAGAACCAGAGUGUACCCCUUAUGGACCCUCUGGUCACUCUCUUUGGCAGUGUCCAUGAGAAGUUACCUGAGAUGGGAAGCAUGCGAAGCAUGCUCUUUCCAAACUUUGGUAGUAUGUUGAGUGUGGCAGGGCAGCAAGACAAAAAUGAACAGUGGGAUGAGGAGAGCCAGCAUAGGGAUGGUGAUGACUAUGCGUCUGAUGCUGGUGGUGAUGAUUCUGAUGACAAUUUGCAGACCCCGUUGAUCUCACGUCAGACAACAAGCAUGGAAGGUAAGGACUUGGUGCCACCUCCUGCGUCCCAUGGUAGCAGUUUAAGCAUGAGACGCCACAGCAGUCUCAUGCAAGGAAAUGCUGGGGAGGCGGGCAGCAGUAUGGGUAUCGGUGGUGGUUGGCAGUUGGCAUGGAAAUGGUCUGAGAGGGAAGGUGAAGAUGGAAAGAAGGAAGGGGGAUUCAAGAGGAUUUAUUUACACCAGGAGGGUGUCCCUGGGUCCCGGCGUGGCUCUCUUGUUUCACUUCCUGGCGGCGAUAUUCCUGAAGGUGGUGAAUUCAUUCAGGCUGCUGCUCUAGUAAGCCAGCCUGCUCUGUACUCCAAGGAGCUUAUAGAGCAGCAUCCAGUUGGACCAGCUAUGGUUCACCCAUCUGAAACUGCUGCAAAAGGGCCAAGAUGGGGUGAUCUUUUAGAGCCGGGAAUCAAGCAUGCAUUAAUUGUUGGGGUAGGGAUUCAAAUACUUCAACAGUUUUCAGGCAUAAAUGGGGUUCUGUACUACACCCCUCAGAUUCUUGAGGAGGCUGGUGUUGAAGUUCUACUUUCAGACUUGGGCCUCAGUUCAACCUCUGCAUCUCUACUAAUUAGUGCUUUCACAACCCUCUUGAUGCUUCCAUGUAUAGCUGUUGCCAUGAGGCUUAUGGAUAUCACUGGAAGAAGGACGCUGCUACUGACUACGAUUCCUGUCUUGAUAGUGUCACUCAUCAUUCUUGUCAUUGGUAAUCUUGUGAGCCUGGGUACCAUCGUCCACGCUGUAAUUUCAACUGUCUGUGUUAUUGUCUACUUCUGCUGCUUUGUCAUGGCAUUUGGUCCGAUUCCCAACACCCUCUGCUCAGAGAUCUUCCCCACCCGAGUCCGUGGACUCUGCAUUGCCAUCUGUGCACUUACAUUUUGGAUAUGUGAUAUCAUUGUUACCUACACACUCCCAGUCAUGCUCACCUCCAUUGGGCUCGCAGGUGUCUUUGGUAUCUAUGCUGCUGUAUGCUGUAUCUCAUGGGUAUUCGUCUUCUUGAAAGUUCCAGAAACCAAGGGCAUGCCUCUUGAGGUUAUCACAGAAUUCUUUGCUGUUGGUGCAAAACAGGUUGCUGCCAAGAAUGAGUAGUUUAAUAAUCAGGAGGUUGGGAAGCUUAAUUGGUGCUAGUUUUUGGCAUUCUGAGCUGGUUGAAGUUGCUAUACUGAUGCAACCUGGAGAUUGCAUGUGCCAUAUGGAUUUAAAAUGAUAAGACUGCUGGUUGUGGUCGUGAUUACUUGGAAAGGAAGAGGUAAGCAUCUAAUGGAUGGAGUUGGGUAAUUGAAGUAAUUAGUGUUUUGAAAGUUUGGUUGUGUUCUUCCCUUCUCUUCGAGGAGUUUUGAGAGAAAGAGACCUUGAUUUCUUUCAGCGGCAUCACAUUUUUCCUCCUUUUGUGAUCUGUUAUUUUUGUUUUGAAGGCAUAUUUGACUUUGAGUCCAUUACAUGAUGGUGUAUAUGUAUGUAUAUUGGAGUGCAAAAUUUGUGCUCUU